AUGUAUGGCCUUUUUCAACUGCGAUCUGCGGGAUUUGUAGAUGCUGCUGGAAUCGACGUCCGGUUAUGUGAUGUGGGUGAGGCCAUUCAAGAAACCAUGGAAUCGUAUGAAGUUGAGUUGGAUGGCAACACUUACCAAGUAAAGCCAAUUCGUAAUCUCAACGGGCACUCAUUGGGUCCAUAUCAAAUUCAUGCAGGAAAAACCGUUCCAAUCGUCGGCGGUGGCGAGCAGACAAAAAUGGAGGAGAAUGAAUACUACGCAAUCGAAACAUUUGGCUCCACGGGACGUGGUUAUGUGACCGACGGUGACGAAGUCUCACAUUACAUGAAGAAUUUCAAUGUUGGCCAUGUUCCCUUACGGCUUACGCGCAGCAAACAGCUGCUCAGCGUCAUUGAUCGUAAUUUCGGGACCCUGGCCUUCUGUCCGCGUUGGCUUGAUCGUCUCGGGGAAACAAGGUACCUCAUGGCAUUACGCAAUCUAUGUGAUGUUGGUAUCGUUGACCCUUAUCCACCUCUUUGUGACCAACGCGGCUCAUUUACUGCUCAGUGGGAGCACACAAUCCUACUCAGACCCACCUGCAAAGAAGUGGUUUCUCGUGGUCCAGAUUAUUGAUCACCGUUAAAACAUUUCCCUUGCGACUACCAAACUUGCGGUUCCUUGCCAUUUCUGGAUGUGGCGCAUUGUUUAACUCUGCUUGUACUACUUUGCUCAGAUGGCAUAUGUGCACCAUUUCAGAUCCACUUGUGUCCACAUCUUGGCGUCUCCUAACGUGAUAUUUAAAACUUUAUGCAAACAUUUCUACUCUUGCUUUGUUUUUCUUUAAAUAUGAGUCAAGUAUCUACUUUCGCCCUAGCAUUUGUCGUGUUCAUUUAGGCAACUAGGCUGCAAUUUUUUGAUGGUUAAACUAAGUAUGGAGAAGUGGCAUUGCCUCGCUUGCUUUCUCUACUUGCUUAUGUUCCCUAAAUAGCUCCGAUUAGUGAAACACGCUAAUCUACCUCCUUAUAAUUUUCUUAUGCCGCCCGCCUAAAUAAAAUUGAGAC